CGCUUAAACUGCUGUCGCUCUCAAAACAAAACAAAAGAGUGUUGAAAGUGAAGAAACAAAAAUAAAAUAUAAAAAAAAAUUGCUCCGGAAAAAACAGUCAAAAUUCGUAACUCUAGCAUGCGGAGGAUUUUUAAGGAAAUGAUUAUUCACUGGCUACGCCAGUGAAUAUUUUUUAAAAAAAGUCGUCUGAAGUUUUCCGUGUUUAGCUUUUUUUUUUCUUCUGCAAGGGAAAAAAAAAUAUGUCACAACACCGGAAAGAAGGAAGACAAGUUAAAAAGUGCAAAAGCGCAACUUUUCAACUGGAUGGAUUUUGCUACACAAUCGUGGCAAACCCUCCAGAUGAUGAAGAAUCGCCUGCAGCUAAGGAAGAUGAAAGUGUCCCAAGUUCUGCCUCUCAAGGUAAUGCCGGAAAUACCGUGGUUGUGAGAAAGACAAAGGAUUCAACUCAAAAAUCCCCAACUAAUGGUGCUGAGGGUGAGGAAGAACUACCACCUGUAGAUACUUUAGAAGCUUGCGACAAAGCAGCGGAAAGACUUCGUGAGCUUUCUAAUCAUCUGAACCAUGGAGAAGUUCCAAUGGACGUCUUGCAGCAAACUGUUUCGUACGCUGUUUCUGUACUCGAGGCCAUCUACGUUGAUGAAACAAAAAGACUACUUGAUGAGGAUGAUGAGUUGUCUGAAGUGCAGCCGGAUGCUGUUCCUCCAGAAGUCCGGGAAUGGCUUGCCGCUACUUUCACGCGACAGAUGUCAACCACAAGGAGGAAGUCUGAAGACAAGUUGAGGUUUCGUUCUGUUGCGCAUGCCAUACGUGCGGGCAUCAUGGUGGACAGAAUUUACCGGCGGUGUUCCAGUUCAAGUAAUCUUCAGAUGCCUGCUCAAAUUGCCCAACUGCUUAAAAACAGUGAAGAUUGGUCAUUUGAUGUCUUUGCCUUGAAUUCCGUAGCAUCAGGUCAGUGUCUAAGGUAUAUGAGCCAUUAUCUACUGAAUAGGUUCGGGCUUAUACAGAAAUUCAAAAUUCCUACUGCAGCUCUAGAAGGUUUCCUAAUGCAAGUCGAAAUUGGUUAUGAAAAGUAUCGAAAUCCAUAUCACAACAACAUGCAUGCUGCUGAUGUUACGCAAACUGUUGCGUAUAUGCUUUGUCAAGCUGGAUUGGCGAACUGGCUGACGGACAUUGAGAUAUUUGCUACACUUUUUGCAGCUAUCAUCCACGACUACGAGCACACAGGAACUACAAACUCGUUUCAUGUCAUGUCGGGGUCCGAGGUUGCUCUGUUGUACAAUGACCGGGCAGUUUUAGAGAAUUAUCACGUUUGCCAAUCCUUCCGCUUAAUGCGGGAAGAAGAACACAACAUCCUGAACAACUUGAGCAAAGAAGAAUACAGAGAAUUUCGAUCUCUUGUUAUCGAAAUGGUUCUUGCAACAGACAUGUCCUCACAUUUCCAACAGAUCAAAACAAUGAAAACACUACUAUGUCAUUCUGAUUUCAGUUCAAUGGACAAAGCCAAAGUAUUAUCCCUGAUGCUGCACUGUUGCGAUAUAAGUCAUCCAGCAAAAGAUUGGAACCUUCACUUCAGGUGGACGCAAAGGCUAAUGGAGGAGUUUUUUAGACAAGGAGACAAAGAAAAGGAACUAGGAUUACCCUUUUCACCUCUAUGUGAUAGGAAUUCCACGUUAGUUGCGGAAUCACAAAUUGGUUUUAUAGAUUUUAUUGUGUCUCCGAGUCUAGAAGUAUGUGGUGAUAUGCUAGAUAGAAUUCUUCGCCAUGUUGAAGGCCAUAAAGAUGGCGUAAUUGCUGAAGAUAGCACAGUUCCAGCGAGGAGUCUACAAACUUCGUCACCGGCCAACAGUCCGUCUCACAGCCGAGCUUCUCCCCGACUCUUCGGCAGCCCCGGUCCCUCGCCUCGGCACGCGCCAGCUGGUGGCUCCGUGCCCAGGCCGUGGCUAAAAUGCCUCGAGAACAACAAACUCAUGUGGCACGAUCUCAGUGAUAAAGAUGCUGAACUUAGGGAGCAGAUUACAGAGGCGAGCAAGAAGAGGUUCAGAGAAUACGCGAACGGGCUGGAUAAGUAGCAGCCUGAACAGCGACUCUGGAAUGCUGCUCUUCGUCUUAAGGAUUUAAAGCGAAAGAUCACUGCGAUUGUGUCCCAACUCAUUUUGUGCAAGAAGAGCAGGGACUCUCUUCCGCUUUACUUUGCUAUUUACAUCCCAGGGUUCCCACAAUCCUGUGUUGCUUAAAAAAACGUUUUUUAAAAAAAGAGCUUAAUUUUAAUUUAUAUUUGGCGAAAUGAAACGAAGUUUUUUUUUUUUUUUUGGCCAAUGCUACUUAUUUCCAAGUUUUUUUUUUUUUAAACAUUGUAUUUGAUUUUAUUCACUAAUUUUUAUAAAAUACAUUCAUUUCAAAUCGUACAUUUGUAGGGUUGAGUAUAUUUGUCUGGGCUUUCGUGAAAUAAGUGGCUGUCUUUUUCUUUAACACUCUAUCGUUGGUCAAAAGUGUAUUGCAAUUUUAUUGAGUUUUUAAACAAUCUGCACAAAAAAAAAAAAAAAAAUAGAAAAGAAAAGAAAGGAACGAAAAAAAAGGAGCAUACAAAAAGUAAUCAGUAAAAGCUAAAGAGAAAACUUUUUUUUUUUUUUUUUUUGCAUUUUCUGACUGCUUAAUUUUCAAAAAGCUUAUUCAAAAAAAAAAAAAAAGAGAGAGAUAAAAAAACGCAGCAAUCAAAAAUGAAGAAUAUAAGUUACAGUUAAUAAAAAAUUUCUGUGUAAAAUUGGUUUUUGAACGGAGUACUUACGAAAUUAAAGUCUGUAACAUUGAAAUAUUUAUUUAUUUUUUUUUUAUUUUUUUUUUUUUAAUGCUUUAACAUGUGUCAGACAGUUUAAUGCGACAUUUUAGUAAAGCAAUGAAAUGACAGUCUGGAAAAAAGUCGAGAAAGACCUUUUGUAUCCGCGAUAAAUUGACACAGCAGCUAAGUAAAAAAGAGCCUGGUGAAUAACUUAAAAAUUUCAAAAAUACAGUGCUGGCCAAAUUAUUGGACUAAAACUGUUUUAAAAGCAAAAUCUUUAUUGAUUACAUUACUAUAGACACAUUAAGGAACAGUGAAAUAAUUACCUUUCAUUUAGUAUGCAUUCCCUUCUUGAUGGGCACUUUAAGUCUUUUUGGCAUACUUUUCACAAAGUUUACACCAUUUCUUAAAGUUUAAAAAAAACUAGGUAAACAAUUGUUUAUACUCACUAUUAUAUAUACUCACAUACACAUACUCAUUAAUUACUUAAAACUAACUUCAAAUGUAACAGAACACACUAAUAAAAAGAACUAGUGAACUGUUUAAGCUGAUUGAGGUUAUGUUCCAGGUAGGUAGAUAAACAAAGAACAUAAACAAAGCAGACAGCUGCCACCUGCAAACAUUAAAUUAUGCUAAAAUAACGUAAUAAUCAGUGUACAGUAUGUACUGUACUUUAACAGUAAAAUAAAUAGUAUUUUAGUACAAAUAGUGUACAAAAAACAAACAAAAAACUCUUUAGUCUAAUAAUUUGGCCAGCACUGUAAAUUAAUGACCGAUUAAGAAACAUUUUUCCGACUUUGCGAGAGUUUAUAUACAUGAUAGACAUAAAUGCGGCAAAACACUUAUUUCACGAAUGCCUCUUUAGCUGAACCAAAGUAUACUCAGUAGAAGAUUUAUGUAAGUUUUCGCUUUUAAAAUUUGGUAUGAAGUUAUUCAGAGGUAUUCAGUAGUUAUUAAUGACAACUUUUUAAUUCAUGCAUCGAAAUUUUUCGUAUGGAGAUUUUUAAAACGUUUUUCAUACAUUGUUCCAUAACACUUCAAUUUCGUAUAUAACUGCACAUUUAUUACAAUACAUAAAUAGAAAUAAUGAAAUGCUGAAAACUUUGGUAAUAUUUUACACGUAAUCCUUCAGGGUCAUCUAUAAAGUUAUAAAAAAUAAAUGACAGUAAAUUAAAGUUUCCAAAACGCGUAUCGUUUUGUGUACCUUACGCACACCAUGUCUUUUCCGCGAACUAUUAAAGAACGGAACGAAUAAUAUGUGCACUUAAAAACCUGAACAAAUUACUUUUCCCACCCCCCACCGGAAGGGAAACCCUACAUUAACUUCAAAAAGGAAAAAAAAAAUACUGAUUGGUUGCGUUCGACGAAACUCACCAGUCGACCGGUAAGUAACUGGUUACUAACCGAAUCGUUCUAUGAUCAACCGGUUACAUCGGCGGUUACCAUUCUAAGCAGUUGAUUGGAGCACGUGAUCAUUAGCUGUCACGUGAUUAACUAACCGGUCGCUCUCGGUCGAGCUCGUCGAACGCAACCAUUGUUUCUGCCGAUACGGAGAUGUCUUCAAUGGUUGGAUUGAAGUUUAAGUUACUUUCAAAACAAUUGAUUUAUUACGUUAUAUUUAAGUAGUUUCUCUUUUACGGCUGCGUUUGUAUAGAGCAACCAAUCGACCGUGGUUUACUGU